AUGUCAUCUCAGACUUCUUCAAUGGUUGUUGAAUCUGGCAGUCAGACCGGUGCAGCGUCUGAACAAGCCUCGAACAAUCAAGCGACCUCGAACGAUCAAGCGGCCUCUCGGCAGGCUCGCUUCGAUAUGUUCAUGAACGAUAACGACAACCAGUACACACGCCUCGAGUCCAACAGACCAGUCGAAGACAAGCCCGUCCAAAAAGCCCCCCGAACCCAAUAG